AUGGCGGCACCAACUCCAGUGAUAAUUCAACUGAACAAUGGCGAUAAAGUAAAUCGUUUUACGGUUUUCAAAAAACUUGGUGCAGGUACAUUUGGAGCAGUUUAUGCUGUAAGAGAUGACAAUGGGGCGGAGCAUGCGUUGAAGGCGGAGCUAGCAGAAGAGAAGAUUCCACUUCUGAAACUGGAAUUGUAUGUGAUGAUGAAGUUGACACAGAAAGGAGCAAAGCAUAUGCCAACGUUAAUUGAAAAGGGAAGGCAUGGAAACUUCAAUCAUAUCAUCAUGAAGUUUCUGGGGAAGUCACUUCAAGACGCAAAGAAAACUGGACCCAAUGGACAUCUGACUCUUGGAUCAGCGAUUGGAGCAUCGAUUCAAUGUCUGGAAGCACUUGAAGAACUGCAUUGGUGUGGAUUCUUGCAUCGCGACGUCAAACCAGGAAACUUUUGUUUGGGAAGACCAGAAACCCGAGAAUUGAGGAAAAUCUUUGUGCUGGAUUUUGGAUUGUGUCGUCGAUUUGUGAAUGAUCAAAAUGUCAUGCUACAGCCAAGAAGAAAAGCACCAUAUCGAGGAACUCCUAGAUAUGCUCCAAUUGCAUCCCACAAUUUUAUGGAGCACGGAAGGAAGGACGAUGUCGAGAGUUGGUUUUAUAUGCUGGUCGAUUUCACAAAUGCUGCACUUCCCUGGAAAGUCGUCACCCAGAUGGAAGAAGUGGGUCAAAUGAAAAAGAAUUAUCGUUUCGAUCCAAUCAUGUCUCAAAUGUUUGCUGGAUGUCCAGGCGACGAGUAUCGCCAAAUUAUGAAUCACAUUGAUAGUCUCUCGUAUUUCAUGGAGCCAAAUUAUGCGUUGAUCUACUCCAUACUCAAACAACUGAUGCAAGCAAAGACAAUCAAAGAGCAUCCGUAUGAUUGGGAAGCCGAGUACACUGUUGGAAAAUAG